UUCAGUAACACAGAGACAUUAUGUAGUGAACAGAAAUACUACUGUGAAACUUGCUGCAGUAAACAAGAGGCACAGAAAAGGAUGAGGGUAAAAAAACUGCCAAUGAUUCUUGCCUUACACCUCAAGAGAUUCAAGUACAUGGAGCAAUUGCACAGGUACACUAAGCUGUCUUAUCGUGUAGUAUUUCCUCUGGAGUUACGUCUCUUCAACACAUCUGGUGAUGCUGUCAACUUAGAUCGGAUGUACGACUUGGUAGCUGUUGUUGUUCACUGUGGAAGUGGACCGAAUCGGGGGCAUUAUAUUACUAUUGUGAAAAGUCAUGGAUUUUGGCUCUUGUUUGAUGAUGACAUUGUAGAGAAAAUAGACGCUCAAGCUAUUGAAGAAUUCUAUGGUCUGACCUCUGAUAUAUCAAAAAAUUCAGAGUCUGGCUAUAUUUUAUUCUAUCAGUCAAGAGAGUGACUUGGCAAACUGUGACAAUUGCGCGCAAUGAUGCUGCAUGCAAAGGAAGGUGGUGGCCGCCCUUAACUGACUUUUACACAGACCACAUCUUACAUGGCUGAACAGUGAUACGCUCCCUCUCCUAUUAAAUGGUCUAUGUGAUA